AUGGCAAGCGGCAACGACCACCACCCCCCCGACCAGACCUUCGAAUAUGACCUCGAGAGCAACGACAGCUACGACGAGAGGACACAGGGCUGGGUGCUCGAGCUAGAGUCUAUAUACUCACUCGGUGACCCGCCCAGCGCCCCUCCCUCAGAGUUUGGCGGGUGGAACGACGACAUCGUGCCCGCCGGUAGCAUCAGUACCCGCGAUGUGCGUCUGCCUGGCACCACCAAUCGACGAAACCAGUCUUCGCAGCCCCUUCCCGGUGCAGCUGAAUGUCUCGACUUCAAGAAGACUCGCAAUGGUCGCUUCAAGCCGAACAAGCAGACCAAGCUGCGCAACAGCCUGCUGGGUGCCGUCGGCUUCCUCGAGGCUGCCAACGCCUGCGACUUCGCUGCCAACGUAUGGAACCAGACUCCCGUCCCCACGCAUGUCCUCGUGCUCAUGGGCAUUGGAGGUACUGCCGCCCUGGGCAUGAUCUAUUUCUGUAUCAAGGACGGCCGCCUUAGUAUAGCCAACCUCCGUGCCCUAAGAGAAGAACGCCACUACCUCAACACUCAGCGGCCGCUGUACCUCGACAACCCCAACAUGCUUCGCACGAUCGAUUGCUUCCUGGACAUGAACACAAGAGAAAGUGGCACGGAGCUGGUGGACCGUAUCGGCAGUGAUACCCUGUUGGGCAUCUCAGCGUUCAUGGUCGGUGUUGGAACGUACAUGGCCAUGGACGGAAACCACGACAGUGCAAACUACAAGGCGAGCAACUUGUUGACGGGGUACAUCGGAAACACCUUCCCGGCCAUCUUCGGAGUCACCAACCUCCUGUGGUCAAGCUACGUCUUCGCCCGGGCCAAGAAGCAGCAGGCCGCCGCGCUGAACUACGUCAAAGGCUCGACGCGUAUUAGCUCGAUGCUGCGCAACCGCACAUCCAGCAUCCAGUUCCACGCCGCCCUCAAUGGCCUCACAGGCAUCGUCGCCGGUGUGGCCGCCCUGAUCACCGCCACGCAGUGGUGGGCAUACGUCCUUCUCGUGCCUUGUAUUAUCACGUCGGGUAUCGUCAAUAUAUUCUGGCGCAAGCGGGUCGGCUACGAGCGGCCCUUUGUGCUGGGCCAGAUCUCGUCCAUCGACGAGGACACCGUUUUUGAAGCUUUGAGAUACGCGAACGACUGUCACCGGCGGGUUUUGAGAGUCAAGGCGUCCGGAGAGAGCGAUGCCUUCACCUCACUCGUGGCGGAUCCAAACUCGCUGAUGUGUGCGCUCGACGUUAUUAGGAAGAACAACCUGUUCGAGGACUUCUGUCUGCGGGUCCUCCGGAACAAGGAGCUGUCUGGCAGGUUAUUCGGGCACGCCACGUUCGCCGCAAAGUCGUCGGUGUACGGGCCAACAAUAGACUGGCACAGCCUCGCGGAAACGCGCGACGAGGUGCUGAUGAGGUUGCUCCUGCAGGUUGCAAAGGACCUCCUUAACGAGGAGGCCGCAAACUGCUUCAAGUACCAGGAACGCCACCUGCUCGAGGUUUUGGGUUGCUACAUGUGCAGAGGGGCGCAGUUUGGAAGAUCCAAGAAGGCAAAGGGCAGGAAACCACCGUCACAGCGCGUGCAACAGACGAACGUGCACACGUAUGCUGGCAGGCAUGCAAAUGACUGGCUUUUCGGAGGAUUCUCACUCACCAAAUCAGUAAAGAAGGUGUUUCGAGGCUGA